AUGCUCCAACGCCUCGCCAUCCCCGCGGCCAAGCUCCUCCGCCGCAGCAGCCACAUCGUGCCCGGCCAGCUGCUCGUCACAGAGCACUUCUUCCAGGUGCCCCUCGACUACGCCAACCCGUCCGCCAGCACAAUCACCCUCUUCGGCCGCAGCGCCACCAAGCACGAGAGCCCCGUUGUGCCGCCCGACGAGCCGCCCUCGCCCCGGCCGUGGCUCGUCUUCCUCGAGGGCGGGCCCGGCUUCGGCAACCGCGAGCCCCAGGACCACCCGCUGACGCGCGUCGCCCUGUCCCACGGCUACCAGGUGCUGUACCUGGACCACCGCGGCGUCGGCCUGAGCACGCCCGUGUCCACCGAGAUGCUGGCCCGGCUGCCCGGCGCUGGCGGCGGACAGGGGCCCGAUGCCGUCGACGUGCAGGCCGGCUAUCUCAAGCUCAUGCGCCAGGACAACACGGUGCGCGACUGCGAGGCCGUCCGCAAGCUGCUCACCGAGGGACUGCCCGAGCACAAGGCGCGCUGGUCCAUCUUUGGCCAGUCCUACGGCGGCUUCGUCUCCAUCUCGUACCUGUCGCUGCAUCCAGAAGGGCUCCGCGAGGUCUUCCUCACCGGCGGCCUGGCCCCCGUGGGGAAGUCCGCGGAUCAGGUCUACCAGGCAACCUUCCAGAGGACUCUGGAGCGCAAUGCUGCGUACUACCAGAAAUACCCGGAGGAUGUCGAGGUUCUGCGCCAGAUUGCUGCUUACAUCGAAAAGGAGGGCGGGGAGCAGGGCCUUCCUUUGCCUGGAGGAGGCUUCCUGACGGUGCCUCGUCUGUUGACUAUAGGCAUUGCCCUUGGAUUCCACGGAGGCAUCGAUCAGAUCCAUGCUGUACUGCUCCAACUCAAGGCCUCCCUCGACCAGCUCGGCUUCCUCACACGGGCCUCCCUAGCCCUCCUCGAAUCAUUCACCCCCUUUGACACAAACCCCAUCUACGCCGUCCUCCAAGAGGCGCUCUACUGCGACGGACCCGGCAGCGUCUCCAACUGGGCCGCCUACCGCGUCGGCAAGGCCCUGUCCCAGUUCUCCUGGCUCGCUAGCGGCAACACGGGCGCUUCCUCCUCCGUGCCAGUCGACCAGCCUCUGCUUUUCGCCGGCGAGAUGGUCUUCCCCUUGCACUUUGAGACGUAUCCCGAGCUGAUCCCCCUGCGGGCCGUUGCUGAGCGGCUGGCUACUGCGUCGGAUUGGCCCGCGCUGUAUGAUGUCGAGCAGUUGCGCAAGAAUGAGGUGCCUGUUUAUGCGGCGGCGUUUAUACAUGACAUGUAUGUCGACUAUGGGCUUUCGAUGGACACGGCCAAGUUGAUCAGGGGGAUCAAGACGUAUGAGACGAAUGUCAUGUACCACAACGCCCUGCGGGCAAAGGCCGAGGAAGUCUUGCAGAGUUUAUUUGCUCUGCGAGAUGAUGUAAUAGAUUGA